AGCUUGGACAGGACUCACGUUACCGCCACACCUACUACUGGUUUACGGCAGUCACUUUCAUCCUGCUGCCGCUAUGCCUACUCACAGUCUUCAACUUCUUCCUCAUCCAAGCCGUGCGAACGAGCAAGCUCCACAGGAGGAAGAUGACUAUGGUGUCAGACCGGGACCAUUACAGCCACCAGCAGGAACACAAGAUUACAGUGAUGCUCAUAGCUGUAGUGAUUCUGGCCCUCCUCUGUCAGAUGCCCACAGCUGUUCUCCUGUUGUACAGCACGGUAUACGAGCCACCGUCGAAGACACCCACCUUCGCUAUCAUGAGAGGACUUGGGAAUAUCUUCAACCUCCUCAAUGCUGUCAAUGCUGCCGCCAACUUUAUCCUCUACUGCGCCUUCUCAGACAAGUACCGUCGGACAUUCCUACUGACAUUCGUGCCGUGUGCCUACCAUCAACAGCCCCUUGCUCACUCUUUCGUGGCCUCCGUCACGGCAGGGAGCGUUGGAAGGGGAUCCAAUACCAACUCUAUCAAGUCUGUCUGCCGGCGGGUGUCUAAGUCCUCCUCUACACCUUCCCCUAUGCCUCCAAGAGAUACCUCCCCCCACCUGACGUCAGGAUGUUUCAAAGAAAACGGAAUUGGUGCCUUGGAUGCAAGGGUGACUCUCCAAUAUGGCUUCGGUCGCAGCCCGCACCACCUCACCCUCAGCCCACCACUGGACACCCACCAGCAACUGAACAACACCCACAGCCUCGUUAACAAGCACUCGCACGUCUCCCCAAUGGUUCGCACCAAACAAGCGACUCAAGCCUUCAGUAGCAGCAUCUAUCCUGGGCAGAGUCCUGUAGAGAACACGGAUAGGGAGGACGCCUAUCACCGUCAGAUUUCCAAGGAAAAUCUUCAUAACGUGUUGAAAGCUGAAGUGAAUGCGGAGAAGAAUUUCUUGGAUGAUAUGGAGACGACGGUGCUAGAGAUAACACCGACUCCCUCCUCUUCUCUGAGUAGCGUGGAAGAGAACAACCCUCUCGAGUUUAAGUUCAUAGACGACGAAAGCUGCGAGACAAGCCGCUCUUCGCCGGCAUCGACGACAAGAAAAAUGGCGACCGGAGAUGCAGACAUCCAGCUUCCCGACCAAACUUCAGAGAACUGUGGAGCUUCACCCAUACUCCCUUUCUCAAAACUAAUACCACCCAAGUCUUCAAAGAUGACCAAUAGUUCAACGAUACUUUCUCCAGAUUGAUGGUUAGAAAGACAAAUCGUAUAGAAAAGGUUAGAUGUAGGACACUCUUAACAACCAAACCACCAUAGGUGAUAGAUGUGAAGUUAUCAUAUCGAAAUAUUUUAUUAUAAAUAGAUCGCUUUUCU